AUGCAACCGCCGAUCGAUCCAAGUUAUUUAAAUCUAUUAGAUACAAGAUAUUAUAGAACUUAUUAUGAUGGAGGACAAACACAUCCAUGUGUAUCAGAGUUUAUAAUGCUCGCAAACACCAAUUCAACAGACAACCCAAUCUUUGAAUUUGUCAAUACAACGUUGGAAGAGGUAUUGAUGAAUCGUAUCAUUGAGAAUUAUGAUUAUCAAAAUGAUCGUCGUGUUUGGAUUGCUUCGAUUUCCUAUCCUAUCGGAGAGUUCCCCAUCAUCACUGUCAACAUCUCUAUCGCUGGUCCCCUACAAAGAAUAUUCUCUCUGACCUCUACCACCAAUGUUCAAGACACUAGUGGCACCGCUUGGGUAUACCAAGAUUUCCCAGCUAUCUCUUGUGACCUUGGUGCCAUCCAAAAUACAAUAGGUCCAUUUGAAUACCUAAGUGAUGGUAUCAGUCUCAAAUUUGAACUAUUUCAACAACCUUUUAUACAGACUAGAUAUGAUUAUAUGAAUUGUAUAACUCCUGACGAUGGAAUGUUUAGUUGUCGAGCAUUUCCAAACCCAUCAAGUACAGGGUAUGUUGUAACGGUUAAUAUGGUUGGUAAAGUUGGAGUAGGUCUCAAUUAUUCAGCACCAUUUGUUAUUACAUUGUCUGGUGGUGCAAAGGAUAUUAAUAUUACGAUCCCAUCAUUUAUUGAUUCGAGUCUUCCGCCACUUUUGUUGGUUUCAAAUCCAAUGCAAUCUCCACCUGUUGGUUAUCCCGUUGAUUCAACUAUUUCCUAUUUCACUUCAAUUGGUACAUCGGUAGAUUUAAAGUACAGUACAGAUAAAUUCGUGCCAAUCAUAUCCAAUACUACCUUUGGAUCUUAUAUGAUGGUUCCAGUCCAAGGAAAUCCAAAGGAUGGUCUAAAGAUGAUGUCUACCUUUUUAGCAUCAAAUUUUGGAACUUUGCCAUCUGAUUUCUUUGCCAUUGAUUCGUUAUCCAAACCAUCUCCAACCAGUGUGGUUAAAACUGCCUAUACUUUAAACUCAACUAAAUUUCCACCACCAAAUUUAUCAUCAUCUGGAAAUUCAAUGACAGAUAAUAUUAAUACUAUAUCAUAUCGAAUUAAUCAAUUAUCAUAUCCAAUGCGUUUUGGAUUUGAUGUUUCAGCAAGUCGAAGAGAUUCGAUAAACUAUGUGAUUCCACCUCCAUUUGGUUUGACCAUUGCCGGAACAGUCAAUGAGUUUACAUUUUCAACAAAUGGUUUGACUAGUCCUUUUGUAACAGGGUUUGUCUCUCAACAAGACACCAAUGAAAGAGAAUCUACAACAAUGACAAAUCCAUUUGCAAUGCAAGAUACACAAAUACCAAUUAUAAAUGGAUUAGAAUAUAAGAAAAUAUCAACAUAUAGUUAUCUUUUGAUUUUAUAUUUGGAUGAUGGUUAUGAUGGUUCUGGAAUCAAUAGAUUACUCUAUCUUGGAAUGUAUCACGGUAGAAAUACACUUGUUAGUGGUAACUUUACAAAGGGUGUAUUUGUAUUUGAAUAUCAAGAAACUAUGCCAGUCGCCAUCUACACAGACUCAAAUCCAUUGACAGUUAUAGAUGCUGCAUGGAAUCAAUUUGAAACAAACUAUGGUGUAUUUAAUAUUCAUAAUUCACUUUCAUUGAUUAGACCAUCACCUUUAUUAGAAUCAUAUGUAACAGCUGAAAAUUUUACACAUUUUGAAUUUAUACCAAAUCAAGUUGAUACUUCGGUUGGUGAAAAAGAGGUAUCUCUUUUAUUCAACCUUACACAUAAUAUUGAUGGAUCUUUUAGUAGACAAAAGGAUAUCUAUUGUACUUUUGUUUUAUCAACCUUUACUUCGAACCUUCCACUCAACUUUAGGUUUUUAAACAUUACCGUCAAAUCAUACUAUCAUCCAUUGGAUCAAUUGUUUAGAUGUGAUUUUACAGUCCCACAAUACACCAACAAUAUGACUGUCUAUUAUUCAUUCGAUCCUACCACCUUUACCACCAUCCAACCUUCAAUCGUCGAAAAGUUUGGUUCAAAAGCAAAUCUUUUAAUUACUUCAAAUAAUUCAAUGGAUUAUUUACCACCAUAUUUUGAAAAGGUAGAGAUUCCAACAACUACAACAGGUCAGAUUGUUUACAAGUUUACCAUUAUUGAUGGUUAUCAUGGUUUUGAUAAUGGAUCGAUCGAGUUGAUGACUAGUAUGAACCCGUUGGUUUAUACAACCAUUUAUUUGAACAAUUUGACCAUUACAACGGGUGAUAUAUACAAUGGAACACAUGAAUUUACAAUCAACGUAGACCCAAGUAAAUGCACCAAAGACUUUACAGUUACAGUUGGAAAGGUUUUGUUGUAUGAUCGUGGUGGAUGGAUGUCAAGCUCCAAGGUGUAUUUGGGAGACUAUGAUAUGGGUUCCAAUAAUCCAGAUCACUAUUUCAACCCGUUCUUUUAUAUUGCCGACCAAGCAUUUAUUGCAACCUCUGUAGUUUGUACCUCUGGUAGUAUCGACACUAGUUUCCCAACAAUUGUAGAGUUUAGUUCUUCUAGAACGACGAUGGAUGUUGGAUCAAAUGAUAGAAAUGUUUCGUUUGGUUUGGUUGUCAGUGACGUUUCUGGUGUCGAUGGAUACCCAACCGUAUAUUUAGUGGGUAAUCAAGGUGAAUGGUUGGCUGUAGAACCUUCAAUCAAAGCACCAACCAUGUUCAACUAUACUGCUACAGUUCCACAUGGAUUCGGUGUCAAUGGUAUCAUAUUCUCAGUGUAUGGGUUAAAAGACAAUGUUCAGAAUCUUGGUGGAUACUCUAAUUUGGAGCUUCAGAAUGCUGGAUUCUCGUACAUGAUCAACACUACCUACUCGACAGACAUUCCAUCGAUCUACAGUGUGUCCAACUUGUACAGCUAUCCAUCCAACGUAUCGGUUGCAAGCGACGAUGAAAUUAUUACGAUUCGUGGAAGAGGGUUUGGUCUAGACUCACAGCAACUCAUGGCAUUUAUUGAAUAUCCCGACGGCGUAAUGAGACAUACUGUCACAUUUGUAUACCACAUUGUUGCCUUUGUCCGUUACAACCCAAGAAGAGCUCUUCCAAAUGUACCAGUAAUCGUUUCAUUGACCCUUGGCACCAACACACAUGAUCUCUCAGUCAUGCCUAUUACCUUGCCACCACAAGUCUACUUUCCAACCAAUACAACCCCACCAUUCAUUCCCAAACCAACACCUUGUUCACCAUCAUCGUCAUCGACAGUGAAUUGCACUGGUAAUGGUCAGUGUACAUUUGAUGGAUGUAUCUGCAACGCUGGGUGGUCAGGGUUCUAUUGCGAGUCAACAGUCAUCAACACCGAUGAACCAACAUUCAAUCAAACCUCACCGAUUGUUGACAUUAUUGUAAAUGAUACAAAAAGUCAUACAAUUAUUAAAUCAAUUAUUUCAGUGGUUGCAAUCAGAGAGUUGACAAUGGAUGAAACGGUAUUCAUAGAGUACAGACCAAAGAAUUGGACAUUAAAUAUUACAACACCAACCACCGAUAAUAAUAAUAGUAUUAUCAUGAAUUAUCAAACACAGUUACAAGACAUUUCAACCAUUGUCAAUGUAACAAUUGAAUGGUUUUCAAAGGAUAGUCAAGUUGUAUUUGCCAAUCAAACCAUCAGUAUUCCAGCAACAAGUACAAAGGUAUCGAUUGGAUUAUCAUCCUACCCAUUCUAUUCAUCAACCAAUACAUUACAAGUUGUUAUGAAGACAUCGAUUGAAGCUGAAUACGAAUCAGAAUGUUCAAGAAAAGAGUAUGGUGGUGGAUCAACAAAAGACAUGGAGUGGAUGAAAUUGGGAAUCGAUGACAAAACACUUUGGGGUCAAUUCAUUAAAAGAGGAAUUAUCGACAGUGAUAGAAUCACAUCAAUCACAAAUGAAAUCCUCACAGAUUAUGUUGACGAUAUCCCAAGAAAAAGUAAUUCAUCAUUUACAACAACAUUUAUUGGAUUAAAUCUUCCACAAUAUUCAGUAUCAGCACAAUUGGAUCCAAACUUUGUUCAUUUAAUUGAUGUCGAUAAUGAUAAAACUGGUGGAUCAACCUUGGAAUCAAUUUGCAAAGCCAAAGACAAUGGAUUGACAAUGGGUCAAAUUGCUGGUAUUGUUGUUGGAUGUAUUGUCGGUGCAGCCAUUGCAUUUGCAUCUGCAUUAUUCCUAGUACAUCGUAGACGUAGACUUGUACAUCAACGUAUUAUGGAUCAAAAAUUAAAAAGAGUUGAACAACAAAUAAAUAAAUAA